AUGCUCAAGGGCCGUGGCACCGGGCGGCGCCACAGAGUGUUGAAGUGGCCAGUUUCACCCUUCACAGGGCGCAGUCACAAACUGGUCAUCCCGCCUGAGUCCCCUGACAAGAAGGUAUUAUUGUUAUCCCAUCUACGCUCCAUUGUAGAUAGGAUCGUCCGGAUGCCAAAGUCUGACAACCUCUCCUUUUGCAUCAUGUCGACUCCGGGGGCCUGUGCGUCUCAGAUCUGUAUUGAGGUUCUACAUGCCGUAGUUCCUCGUACUCCUGAGGCCGUCUGUGUGCUGGCUGCCAGCAACAACCUGACUGCCAGCAGGACCGUCGAUGAGGCUGCCAUGGACUUUGCCAACCUUCUCCAGUCCGUUUGCAACCGCUGGCCUAAGGUAAUUGUUGUCGACUUCCCUCCCCGCCUGGCUUGUGACCCCAACUACCAGUAUCACCUGCGGCAGGCAUAUUGCCGUGUAGCUGCUCGUAUGGAGAUGGAAGCCACAGUAAACUCUCUCCCAAGGCCUAGCGCUGAAGCCCAGCGGUUGCAGGUAAAGUUGAAGAGAAAUAUCAAGUACAAGGGACAUCAGAACUUCUACACGGUGAACAUGAAGAAUGUGCUAGCGGGACUAACAAAAUUGAAAGAGACGCAUCCGGAAUACAGCAAUGUAACCAUAUAUGAGGACGGUACAUUUGAAAGUCUCUAA